AUGACCUCCAGUACACCUAAUGAAACAAUUGUGGCCCAUACCCUGCCUAUGAAUGAUUCAAGAUCACACCUAACACCACUUGCUUCAAACGAUAGCAGUCAUGUGUCCUUCCGGACCACUAGUAGGCCUUUAGUAGUCAAUUUUUCUUCCAUUUAUGACUGGUUUACGACAUCCAUUUCUACAGUAUCAGAGGUCAAAGGACUUCUAGUGGAAGAUAACAUGGAACUUGUGGAUGCUCUUUCGGUGUUGUGUUUCAGUAACCAAUCUAGUGGAAAUGACACGAUUACUUGUGAAAAUACCACUAACAGUACAACUAAACUUACUGAUAUUCCUGUACCACCAUAUGCGAUGUGGCUAACAAUAUUUAUAGCUGUCUCCAUAGGUUUGUGCAUUAUACUGACAGUUGCUGGUAACAUCUUGGUAUUAAUGGCCUUUGCUGUAGAACGAGCCAUUCGACAGCCAAGUAAUUAUUUUAUAGUUUCUUUAGCAGUAUCAGAUCUUCUUAUUGGAAUUGUUUCAAUGCCGUUCUAUGCUGUUUAUGUGCUGGUGGGUCGCUGGGAUCUUGGCCCAAUUCCUUGUGACUUGUGGUUAGCUACUGACCACACUGUCUGCUUGGUGUCUAUUUAUACAGUGCUUCUCAUCACCAUCGACAGAUAUUGCUCCGUAAAUAUUGCUGCAAAAUAUCGAAGUUGGCGUACCAGAAACAAGGUGAUAUUCAUGGUAGCAAUCACGUGGAUUAUUCCUUUUCUAGUCUUCUUUAUAAGCAUCAUGGGAUGGGAACAUUUUAUCGGUUACAGAGAUUUGAAUCCUGGAGAGUGUGCUGUACAAUUUCUUAAAGAUCCCGUAUUCAAUACAUCUCUUAUCUUUGGCUAUUUUUAUGCUACGUUAGUAGUGCUCUUUGUUCUGUAUGGAGGAAUAUAUAAAACAGCUAGUGACAUGCAAAAAAGAUCAGCAGCAAAACAAAAGAAAAUGCAGAGCCUUGUUGCUAUGGGAAGAACAACUGCGGAAAACAAACCAAUCGGGAUGUCAAAAACACAGAGUACUUUAUUAAGUCAAGACAAGCCAAAACCUACCCACGCAGGUAACAUAAAUACAGUUCCCUCUACUGGCCAAAUGAACCUCCAGAAUCCUCAAACUGCAGGACACGGAAGUGGUGAUUUGUCAGCCAGUCAGAAAAAUUUGUCAUACAGAACUGGAAAUACAGAAACCACCAGCUUCUCAGAAAGGAAAGAUGCUUCUGAUCCAGACCGAUCUAGUAGUCCAAUGUUUGACUCUGAUGAGGAAAAUUAUCAAAAGCCAGAAAAAGCUAGCAAGGUCAAGCCCUCAGCCAAGGCUGUUCUUCUUAACAAUAAACGAGACUUGACUAAAAAUACAAACAUUGCCAGAUCGCCAAUUACCGACGAACCAAUCCCUAAAUUAGUUCCUCCACCAUCGGCUCUGCAAAGGCAUCUACCUUUGGAUUCUGUUAAAGACACAAUUAAACAUCAGAAUCUUCUGGAAACUGAAAAUAUUAUCACUCCUACUAACGAAGAGUCUUCCUUAGCCUUAGAAGUGAUAACUCACAAUGAUAACAAUAAAGUACUGAACACAAUUACACCAGAAGAAAGAUCUAUCAACACCAAUGAAAGACCAAAUCCUCCUAAGACCCUUAACUUGGCUUCAGUAAGGGAAGAAAAACUCUUAGAACAGUUGGAAACCAAUGACAUGAGAUAUAUUGAUCAAGAAAGCUCUGCUGCCAUGACAUCUCCGACGUGUGAAGCAGUGCCUGCAGACACUCCUCCACCAGCUGAUGGUGCUCUUGAACCUCGUACAAAAGACAAGGCAGUGAACACUGAUCCUGUCGUAUUUUAUGACAUUCCUGCUGUUCACCCUCAACAACAUAAGAAGAAAAACAGCGUCGUGAGCAUGCAGGUAGAAAAUAUGUCUGAUUUGAAAACGGUAACGCGAGUUGCACAUCCAGAUGAACUGCAGCCGAUGGUAGACCAUGAUCAAUCAAUAACAGUGGCCAUGGCCACAACAUCUAAAGGCUUUGUGACAACCUGCUCCAAAACAGCUUUUGUUACUUCUUUGGGAAAGAAGCGACGAAAAGGGAAAAAAUAUAUGAAAGAAAAAAGACAAAAGUCGAAAUCGGAAAACCGUGCAAGGAAAGCAUUGAGAACUAUUUCCUUCAUCUUAGGAGCGUUUGUGUUGUGUUGGACUCCAUACCACAUUUGUGCAUUAGUGGAAGGGUUUUGCACCGAUGUAGCUGGAUGUGUCAAUUAUCAUUUGUUUUACUUUACCUAUUUCCUAUGCUACGCUAACAGCCCUAUCAACCCUUUCUGUUAUGCUUUGGCAAACCAACAAUUUAAAAAGACAUUUUAUCGACUUCUUCGAGGGGAUUUCCAUCGAACAUAGUUAAGUGAAUUUGUUUUUUUCAGACCUCAAAAUUCAUCUGAGAACAUCUUGACUAUAAACGAAGUACUUCUCAGCUUUUUAUAGAGUCCCAUUUCGAACACUUAGAUUUUUAGGUAUGGUUGUCGUAUACUUUGUAAUAUUUUAGGUCAGAAAGAAUGUUGGUC